AUCAGCAGCAGAUCCAAAGAGCUGCUGAGGACUGGACGGCUUUAAAGAGAGGGCAAAAAGGAGCAGAACUACAGAAAGAAAAGAGGAAUCCACAUUUUUUUUCUUUGUUUCUCCUUUUGGCGUGUUGAUGUUUCAGAAAAAGUUGUGUCUGCGCAGAAAGACGCACAAGACUGUUGGAGGGAAUACUGGUGCGCGGAGUGUUUUGGAAAGAACAGCUUGUUGGAGGACGGAGUGCAGGAGAAGUGGCCCGGAGAGAAGCGAGGUCCUGGGAUGAGAGCUCUCUGCUGCUCCCCUGUCUUCCUCAGACCUCCAGGAGGAGUAAACUGGGCGACACACUGAGAGUGUGUGGUGUGUCUGACGCCGUCAGGCUGCCAUGGCUCUGGUUCAGGCACUACCUGUGACUGUGAGUGACCACCCCAAUCCGGGUCUCGACGUGCAGCAGUGCCGGCCGCUAUCAUCGUCCCACUCCCCCUCAGGUCCCUGCUCUGGCCCCUGUGGGCCCUGUAGCUCUGAGACAGCCAUGGGUUCUGUCAGCAGUCUCAUAUCAGGCCGGACGUACCAGGAGAGACACUGCAGGGCUGCCAGCGAAUUCCCCACCAAGCCACGACGCUCCACACCGGCAACCAGCUGCUUCCGGCUCCAGGAUAACACCCUCCGCAGUGGGAGCUCCUUGGAGCAGCUGUUGGUCAUCAGCAACCAGUCGCAGCCUCAGGCCCAGGUUCUGCCUCCUCCGCUGCCCACCAAGAGGCAACCGCGACCUGGAAACUCUGCCGGGACAAGUGGAGGUGGAGGUGGAGGUGGAGGUGGAGGUGGAGCGGUUGCUGGAGCAGUAGGUGGCAGCACUAAUGGGAACUUUGGGUAUGUGAAUGAUGAGGUGGUGGUUGGAGACUGGAAUGAAAACGUGGUGCUGACAGCUGCGAGCCCCUGCAGCGACUCGGAGGACCAAAGGGACAGCAGGACUCUGAACGGCAACAUAGGUGGACCUCCACCCAAACUCAUUCCAGUGUCCGGACAGCUAGAGAAGAACAUGGAGAAAGUGUUGAUCCGUCCGACGGCGUUCAAACCUGUUGUUCCCAAGAAUCGCCACUCUGUGCAGUACCUGUCCCCGCGGCCUGGGGGCAGCAGUCUGUCAGAGAGCCAGGCCAGCCUCAACCUGCUGCUGCCCCUCGGAGGGUCCAGCAGUGCCAACGGCACAAAUGGGAACGGUGGAAGCAGCAGUUCCAGCUCUGAAGGGAAGCGUAACUCCUACAGUGGAGGUCGCAAUGCUCGGAGCAGCCAGUCCUGCUCCAUGUCAGAUUCAGGGAGGAACUCCCUCUCCAGCCUCCCUACUCACAGCAGCACGGGCUACAGUUUGGCCCCCAGUGAGGGCUCCAGCUCCGGGUCAGGCUCUGGGGGCCAGAUGGAGCCUGUGCCGGGCCUGGGCCGAAACACUUCAGGUGGAAGUGGGAGCCAUGGUCACAGUAACUCAGACAGUGGACGUUCCUCGUCCAGCAAGAGCACAGGCUCGGGGUCGCUAAGUGGGCGCGGGCAGCCCCUGUCGGACAGCGGGUCCUGUGGACACUCACCGCCACCUGUGGAGGGCUAUGAGGCGGUGGUGAGGGAGCUGGAGGAGAAGCUGAGGGAACGAGACCUGGAGCUCCAGCAGCUCCGAGAAAAUCUGGAUGAGAAUGAAGCUGCCAUCUGCCAGGUGUAUGAAGAGAAGCAGCGUCGCUGUGAGAGAGAGAUGGAGGAGCUGAGACAGAACUGUGCCACUAAGAUGAAGCAGGCCUCUCAGAAGGCUCAGAGAGCACAGCAGGUGCUACAGCUGCAGGUAUUUCAACUACAGCAAGAAAAGAAGAAGCUGCAGGAGGAUUUCUCCUCUCUGCUGCAGGACAGAGAGACGCUGGAAAGGAGGUGUGCUACCAUCCAGAGGGAGCAGACCCAGCUGGGGCCACGUUUAGAGGAGACAAAGUGGGAGGUGUGUCAGAAGUCAGGAGAGAUCUCCCUCCUGAAGCAGCAGCUGAAGGAGAUUCAGUCGGAGCUCAGCCAGAAGGCAGGAGACAUCGUGGUCCUGAAGGCCCAGCUGAGAGAAGCUCGUUCUGAGCUGCAAGCGAGCCAGGUCCGAUCCCAGGAGGCCCAGACGGCCCUGCGGACGCGAUCUCUGGAGCUGGAAGUCUGCGAGAAUGAACUCCAGAGGCGCAAGAGUGAAGCUGAGCUGCUCCGGGAGAAAGUGGGACGAUUGGAAGAGGAGUCAGCUCGGCUCCGCGACACUCUGUCCGGUCACGGUGGACCCUCUCUACCUGGAACUAUGAAGGGGCAGUGCAUGAGCCUCUCCCUGCAGCAGGGCAGAGGCAUGGCAGGAAGGGGCGGUCCGAGCCCCUCUGUGUACCGCGAUGGAGAGGAGACUCAUCUGGUCUGGGGAGGAGAGAGCGACGAAGCCAAGGCACAGAGGCAGAAUGCAGAAACAUUGCUGGGCCUCAGGCAACAAGUGGAUAGGCUGAAGGCUGAGCUUAUGUAUGAGAGGAGGACCAGUGAGGAGCAACUGUCUCGAUUUGAAGACGAGAGGAGGAUUUGGCAUGAGGAGAAAGAAAAGGUAAUCCGCUACCAGAAGCAGCUGCAGCAGAACUACAUCCAAAUGUACCGUCGCAACCGCGACCUCGAGCGGGUGAUGAGGGAGCUGAGUCUGGAGCUGGAGAACAGGGACAUGGAGGACUAUGAGGUUCGCAGUGGCAGCAAUGACAUCCACUUUGAGGAAAUCACUGCCACAGAAAUCUAAUCUCACACACACACGCUUACAGUAAUAUGUGCACAGAAACAUGGAAGCACGACUCACAAAAGACUCUGAAGAUGUAAACCAAACAUUGAACUCUGGGCCAAAUACUGCACUAUCUCCAACAUGGCUUUACCUGGACCAUUGAGCGAGCAUUCAACCACUCGUCACUGUCAAAAGGGAGAUCUCCCAAAGGUGCAUUCUUACUUCCUGCUAAUGGAGAUGCACUCCAAUAAAUCCUUAUAAGGUGCCUCCCACGGCGCUUUUAAGGGGGUUUUAUUCCACUACAAAGCCAGCACAAAGACUUCUUUCCUUCUGUGGGAGCAAAAGCAGUGAAAAAACGUUUCUUUCUCAGACCACGUUCGAAUCAGGGUAUUGAAAAUCGAUGGGAAUUUAAAGCAAAAAAUGUUACUACACACGGAACAAUCUGGUCGACGACUUUCUUGGUAGCACACGAUGUUAAACACCCGGCCACCAGCAUGCACGGAAUCAUGCAUCAGGAUCGCAGUUCAAUCAAUCACCACCACCGCUGGCUAUUAAUGACGACCGAGUCACCCGUCCAAACUGUGCUCAUUGGCGACACAAACAACCACAGCACCGCUUUUAACAUCUGCUGUUGGCGUUUUAUGGUGUUCGCAGUAUCAACCAUUGUUUUUACAAAUGAUAAAAGGUUGAAAUAUUUUGUUCAGUGGGGUCCAUUUGAAAAGGAAUGUAUUGUGGCUUAUCGCUACAGAGGAAUGCAGUGUAAAUGGUCAUAAUCUGCAAUGAGGAACACAGUGUUAUUUUUGCACAACUUUCCUGCUGUCGUGGGAUUUCUUGGGAUCAUUUUGGGAUACAGCAGUUUUCUCCGUGAGGCAAAUCAACUUAAACAAACCAGUUUUAGCGUGCAGCUCUUGGUUUGCUUACACGUGGACAUCCUCUUCUGUCAUUUCUCCAAAACCACCGAGGACACACAGACCAAACGCUCAGAGGAAAUGCUUUAUUUGAACUCUGCUCAUGUUUUCUAGACCACCAACAGUCACGCCGUUGCUCUCCAUCAAGACGGAGCAGUGAGCUCUUUACAUAAACAUUUAUAUUUUACAAUUAGCACUAGGAAGCAGACCGUAGCAUGGCACCAGAUUUCACUGUCUUUUUCUGGCUUCAUCUUUCCGUCUCCUCUCUCUCUCUCUCUUUCUUCUUUUCUUCUUACUCAACUAUUUUUAUAACGGCGAAAAGCACCUCGGCGGAUGGUAUCAGGAAACUAAAAAUAGAGCAUAUUACAGUUCGGUCGUGACGUCACAGAGAUUUAAGCCAGUGUUUUAACUGUAGGCAUGCUUAUUCAGAGUUUCCGUUUAUUCCCCUUCACUCCCAUUAGUACUCUUUAUUUAGCUCUUGGCGAUCCGAAGCCAAAUACCACUUUUUAAAAAUCUUCACUGACUGCUAUACAGGUAGUGAGACUGGCAUGUCUGCAUGUCUUCGUUAUAUGAGAUUUCAGAGGAAGCUGGUGCAGGUCAGGUUGAGAUGAGAGUUUGCAGAUGCAGUAGCUCCAGCGCUGAAUGUCCUCAAGGCAGGUCUGCUUUUAAAGGCCCCGAAAUAUAAACCCGGCGAGGAGCAUGUUAACGUUUGAAGCUGUAUGUUGCUCUGCUCUGUUUUCUCACAGUAUAUGCAGGGCUGUGUAUAACACUGAGCAUGGGGCUGCUGAGAACUUUUAUUUUGCAAAGAGUCUAUAUGGAGGAAUAAUAGUUAAAUGGAAAUCUAUAUAAUGGAGGAGAUGUUGUAUAUUUUUUUAUAUAUAUAGCACCCGAAGAUAUUUUGUUGUAGUACUGGUAUAAGUGUGGGUUAAUGUAUAUCGCAUACCAAUGUUUCAAAUGACGGAUCAAUUACAAAUGGAGGCGGCAGCGUAGAAGGAGUGCACCUAAUACUGUAAUGCAUGACAAUUUAAUGUUUACAUUAUAUAAUCUGUGUGGAAAACAUUCUAAUGACCAAACUUUUGCAAGUGAUAAAACCGAGGGGAGCUUUUAUUUCAGGCUCAUUUUCAGCCUGUUGUCUCUCCAUUUCGAUUGAUCUUUCACUUGACUAUCAGUAUCAUAUUAUCACACCGGUUCAUGUCGUCAUCGUCGGGUUUUGUCGUUCAUUUAUAAACGCAUGUCAUUUUGAGAGACUUCUUCGUUAUAAGCUGAGGUCGGAUCGGAUGCAAGCCGAGGAGGCGUUAUGUUUCCUAUACUUGGAAAUUCAGUCGAAUUUGAUCAGUACAUUUGAUCGGGCUAUAUUUUGCGUGACGUUACCACAUUCACUGUGGUUUUCAGAGAUUAUUAAAAGUCUGCACUGUGCUUCAAAUGUUAAAGCAAAGCCAUGGCAAGUGACUUUGAAAGGAACAAGCUGUGUUUCUCCAACCACAUUCACUUUGUUAACCAGACCUAGACUGUUACUUACUCACCCACAGGUACAUAUUACCAACAAGCACAGGUGUUGCAAAACAAACGGACUCACUCACUACAAAAGUACUGUGUGCAUCUUGGACUUUCAUUGUUCUUCCUCAUAUCUCAGUUCUUUUCAUCGUCACAUAACCGUUUUCUGUGUAAAUAUGUAAAACACUAAAUAGUAUAACAGAGUGACAUUGUCUUUUAUUUAGACAAAAUAUCUAUUUCAAAUGUAGCCACUGUGACUAGACCAAAGCAACGUAACACAUUUCUUUUUUUCAUUUUUUGUGGCAUUUUUUUUCAUCCUUUUGUGCUCAUUUUUUUGUGUGUGUUUGCUUACGUUGUGUCUUCAUUAAUUCAUAAAGUAUGUAGUUGUCUAUGUAUAUUUUUAUGUGUACAUUUCUUGUACAAAUGACUGUGUUUUUAAUUAAAGAACAAGUUGUCACACCUUAAA